UGCAACUGAAGCUGAAACUAUGGUUUAUUUGCCUAAUGUGGACAGUUGUGGGAAUAAGGAAUGUGUUGACUGGAGCUCUUAGGGAUCACAUAAUAACCAAUGGGUAUCCAGCUACGGUGGGCGAGGUGCCCUACAUUGUGGGCCUUCUGGUAAGGGAAGGCAACCUGGCUCGCUGGUGUGGUGGCUCUAUAAUUCACAAUAAUUGGGUCUUGACAGCAGCGCACUGCACAGAUCAUGUGACUUCCGUAACCGUCUACUAUGGAGCAACAAGACGUACACAGGCACUCUUUAACGUGAUGGUGAACAGCGGGCAUAUUAUACAACAUCCGGACUGGCCUGCUAGCAUAGGCAAUGAUAUAGCUUUGAUUCGCACGCCACACGUGGGCUUUUGGGGCAUGGUUCAGAAGAUAGAGCUGCCAGGGCUGAGUGAGCGCAGCAACAGCUACGAGCAAUUCACGGUCAAAACCUGUGGCUGGGGUAGCACCUACGACGACAGUCCACUCCCCGAGUGGCUGCAAUGUGUUGAUCUGGCCAUAAUUAGCAACGAACAGUGCUCACGUAGCUAUGGUGAGCUUCCAGACUCCGUUCUGUGCGUGGACACGCCCCAGGGCAGAUCCAUAUGCGAUGGCGACUCUGGAGGACCUCUCGUAACUAAGGAAAAUCACAAGCUGGUGGGCAUAACUUCUUUCAGCGAUGCGGAAAGCUGCAAGUCUGCAGCACCAGCUGGAUUCGCACGUAUUACCUCUCACUUAGAAUGGAUAAAGAAUGUUUCCGGCGUAUCGUAUUAGAAAUAUGCGAAAAGC